AUGGGUAUUCGCACAAGAAUUUCGGAGUAUUUUGCACAUUUCAGUUUGCUAAACCAUGUACCCGUUGACGAGUGGACACAAAUUUUGAUCGCACAUGACAAUUCUACCUCUCAAAUUUUUCACCGCUCCAUCACAUCCCAUGCUAUGAGUGCCUCAACAUCAGAAGCUUGGAGUGCCCAUUCUCGCGUCAGCAACAUUUAG